AUGGAGCAAGGAGCCAAGAGUAAAAAUGACAAUAAUUUAUAUCUAGAAAAAUUACAGGAGCUGUUGGCGCCGUACUAUCACCUGCUCAAAGUGCGCGGCAAACAGAUGCGCUUGAAGAUCGCGCUAGCUUUCAACCACUGGUUGCGCCUGCCGGACGACAAGCUGCGUUACAUCGUGGAAACUCUCAAAAUGCUACACAAUGCCGGUUUGCUGAUGGACGACAUUCAGGACAACUCCAACAUACGGCGGGGUAUACCAGCAGCUCACAGCGUCUUUGGACUACCGCUGACAAUCAAUACUUCAAUGCAUAUUGUCUUAUUAGUAUUGGCACGGAUUAUAGAUUUAGGCCAUAAGGCAGUAGAAAUAUUUACAGAGGAAAUGACGGACGCAAUUCGUGGACAAGGCCUUGAUAUUUAUUGGAGGGACAAUUUUGUCUGCCCCGAUGAAGAGGAAUAUAAAGAUAUGCUAAAAAAAAAAACUGGCAGAGCGUUCACCAUGGCAGUAAAAUUGAUGCAGAUUCACAGUGAAUAUCAAACUGAUUUAAACCCCUUAGCAUUGAACCUUGGACUUUACUUCCAGAUCAGAGAUGACUACUGUAAUCUGAUGGUGCAGGAGGCGUUGGAAGACUGGCCGACAGUUGAAGAUAAACCGAAGCAAGAGGACACCAUCUUUUGCGAAGACCUAACCGAAGGCAAGUUUAGCUUGCCAAUCAUACACGCAUUGAAAACCCCAGUAAGAGAACAGGUUUUAUCUAUUCUAAGACAAAGAACUCAGGACAUUGAGGUCAAGAAACGCUGCGUAUCUUUACUCGAUAAAGUUGGAAGCUUUCAAUACACACGUGAUGUACUUUCCGAGCUGGAUCAAAUUGUGAGAGCCGAAGUAGCACGUCUAGGGGGUAACCCUGACAUGGAGGUCAUACUUGGUGAGCUCCUCUCUUGGAAACAUGAAGAAAAAUAA